AUGCAAUCCACGCAUUGGACUGAGAGACAAUGCUGGUAUAAAUUCCUUGUCGUCUUCGCCGCGACCUCUCAGGCGUUGUACUCCGUCGUAAUGACAGCCCGAGUCCUCGCAGCAGGGGUGAGACACUACUACACCGGCGAUCGACCUGGAGGUGUUCCCGGAUACCUCCCGCCGCCAUACUACUGGUGGGAGGCCGGGGCGAUGUUUGGUUCCUUGAUCGACUACUGGUUCUACACCGGCGACUCGACGUACAACAAUAUCAUCAUACAAGCCAUGCUGCACCAGGCCAGCGAGACCCAGAACUUCAUGCCGGCCAACCAGACGAGAGUCGAGGGCAACGACGACCAAUGCUUCUGGGCUCUAGCCGCCAUGGCCGCCGCAGAGCGGAGAUUCACCGACCCGCCGCCCGACCAGCCGCAGUGGCUCACCCUGGUGCAGGGCACCUUUAACUCACAGGCAGCGCGCUGGGACAUGGAGACGUGCGGCGGGGGCCUUAAAUGGCAGAUCUUCCGCUUCAACAAAGGCUUCAACUACAAGAAUACCAUCUCGAACGGGUGCUUCUUCAACAUCGCGGCGCGGCUGGCGACCUAUACGAACAACCAUACGUAUGCAGCUUGGGCGGAAAAGACGUGGGAGUGGGUGCAACGAAUUGGUCUGAUUACGCCCGACUAUUAUUUCCUGGACGGCACGGAUGACUUGAAGAACUGCUCGCAGCUCAAUCGCAACCGAUGGACGUAUAACGCGGGCAUAUUUAUGCUGGGCGCAGCUCAUAUGUAUCAAUUCACCAACGGCAGCGAGAUAUGGAGAACCCGCCUGCAAAACAUCAUCAACGCCCUCCACAUCUUCAUCCACAAAGGCUCCAACGUCCUCUACGAACCCACCUGCGAAGCCCACAACAAAUGCACAACCGACCAGCUCUCCUUCAAAGCCUACCUCGCGCGCUGGAUGGCCGCCACGAUGCAAAUUUGCCCCUUCACGACGGCGCGGCUCUUGCCGAUCCUGCGCGCCUCUGCCGCCGGCGCCGCCAGCGCUUGCACCAUCGGCACCAACGGCGCGCAGUGCUCGCAGAGGUGGAAUGUCGGCCGCUUCGAGGGCAGCGCAGGGCUGGGGCAGCUGAUGGCGGCGCUCGAGGUGAUUCAGGGGCUGCUGGUCCGGCGCGCGCCGCUGCCCGUGUCGGCGAAGACGAACGGGACGAGUAAGGUUGACGUGGGCGCGGGGUUCGUCAGGGGCGAUUUAUUGCCGGAGAUUGCUACGAGGCCGAUCACUGUGGGCGAUCAGAUUGGGGCUGCUAUUUUAACAGCUGUGUUCCUGGGGUUUAUUUUGGGUGGGGCUUCUUUGUUGUUGUAA